GUAAUGACUUAAUUUUCAUUUAUGGAUGAACUAUCCCUAAAUUAGACACGCCCCUCUUUUCAAAACAUCGCCCUCCGAAGAGAUACCUGUGCAGCCAAACAGACUAGAGCAGUGCGUCUUUUCACGGUUGUCAAACAGUAGCGAAAUAACGCCCUCAGCUGACAACUAUUAUGAAUGUGAAUCUGACAUUAAACCUGUAUGUUCCGCUUCAACUACUACACUAUGAGAAUGUGCAAAAUGAUUGACAGGACCGGGGAUGGGGGGGAGGGUUACAUUAUGAAGCAUUUACAUGUUUCCAUUGAUCAUGGUAUAAAUAUUGGGGGGUUGUACUUGCAUGUUUUUAUUAUUGGGGGGUUACCUCCACCCACAUCCCUCCUGGAAUCUACGCCCCUGGACAGGACAUAAAAAAAUGUGUCACAUUUUUGUUUGCUGUUUACACAGUCUAGUGCUGUUACAGAGACCGGUGGCGGUGAGAUAUCUCAGGACACUUAUUUCAGUGAUAUCUUUCAGGAAGUCUAUUUCAGUAUUCCUAAAAAUAUAAUUAAAAUGAUUUCUAUGUUUUAAAAAAAAAAAAAAGUUAGAUUAAUAUUUUACCCAACAUAGUAAACUAUAUUUACAGAGAGAAAAUAAGACAGAAGUACCCGGAUGUGUUGUUCUAAUGCACUUACCCCCGCCUCCCUCCCUCUCUUCUCUCGCCACCACCAAUUCAACCCAUUGCUUCUUCCCCCUCCGCCUCGGACCUGCUGGAGCCACUGCAGUGAAUCCGUCGACUGAAAGACUGAGAAGAAAAAUCCGAUCGCCGACUGCUUCGCUCAGAAAAACCAAUCGACAGCACAAAGACAGACCCGUUAAAUUCAGGAGGAUUCUGCACAAGGCGAAGAAGACCCGACCGACAGAAUGCAGUACAACCACAACCAAUGCCGGAUUUUCAAGAUGGUUACUCCUGAAAGAUGGUGCAGUUCCCACUUUGUUGGGACAAUCUGGUGCUUCAGGAUCACAACCUGGAAACGAGGCGAGUUAUCCCUUGGAGAUGUGCUCACACUUUGACGCUGAUGAGAUUAAAAGACUAGGAAAGCGGUUUAAGAAACUCGACCUGGAUAACUCUGGUUCUCUCAGCGUGGAGGAGUUUAUGUCUCUACCCGAGUUACAGCAGAACCCAUUGGUGCAGCGAGUCAUCGAUAUAUUCGACACAGACGGCAAUGGAGAAGUGGACUUCAAAGAGUUCAUUGAGGGCGUCUCUCAGUUCAGCGUCAAGGGCGACAAGGAACAAAAGCUCCGCUUUGCAUUUAGGAUUUAUGACAUGGAUAAGGAUGGCUACAUAUCCAACGGUGAGCUGUUCCAGGUGCUGAAGAUGAUGGUAGGGAAUAACCUAAAAGACACUCAGCUUCAGCAGAUCGUCGACAAAACCAUUAUCAAUGCAGACAAGGACGGAGAUGGGAGGAUAUCAUUUGAGGAGUUCUGCGCUGUGGUUGGCGGCUUAGACAUUCACAAAAAAAUGGUGGUGGACGUGUAAAGAGACGGACGGGCCCUUCACCGGACACCCUGUUUUUCACUUCUCCAUUUCUGAGAAUCAGCUGCAGAUGUUCCGCUAACAAGCUCUCUCUCUCUUUCUUUCUCUCUCUGUCGCUCUUUUUCUCUCUCUCAAUGGAAGUAUUUCUCUGAAUGAUGCCUCUGUUCACGCCUGUAUUCCCUGAGCCUUGUGACGCCUGCCAUCCUAAGUGUUAUAGAGCAUGAGAGUCUUCUGUCCAAAUUCUUGUCGGAGAGACGACUUCUCUGUCGAUUACCGAGCAAUUCAGUUUGGUGGAGAAGGAAGAGAGGAGGGUGUGUGUGUGUGUGUGUGUGUGUGUGUGUGUGUGUGUGUGUGUGUGUGCGCGCGCACGUGCAUUAUUGUGUGCGUGUGUGUUCAAGUGUUUGUGUAUGCAUGCAAGUUCUUUUUUUUUUUUUAAAUGCUUUAGGUCUACAGGGAAUAUGUGUAUGUGAGCGAGAUAUAUGACUUGAGACUUGAUUUCAGUGCAAAACGCUUCAAGCAUGAAGUGCCAAUGUAAACAUUUGUGGGAUUUAAAAUUAGCUGAAUAUUUAAAUCGCUAUCUGAUGUUCACGUUAUAGGGAGAUUAAAAAGAUACAUCAACACAAGGUUAUUAACAGGCUUAUUGCUUUUUUCCCAACUAUUUUGAGCAAAAAGAAUUUUGGUUUGCUUCUGAUCUGAUUGCUUCUAAAAAAAAAAAAAAUGCUGAUUUGAUUAAGAUUUUCUACCAAGAAUGUGUGUGUGUCUGUGUAUGUAAAAGUGUGCUGUGUUAAUAUUGUCAGGGAGUUCAUCUCGGUCUUGCUUUCUGAUAAACAGUAGACUAGGAACAAACAAAUUUAUUUGAAGUUGUGCACAUAUAUACAUGUAUGGUUUACUUUUAAGACUUUUAUUGGGGGGUUUGAAUAUUGUAAAGCAUUGUAAAGAUCUUAGUAGCUCAUAUUUGUAUUUUAGGGUUAUAAGAACUGAUUACAUGUUUUGUGAGUUUGGGAUUUUUUUAAGCUUAAAUCGAGUCCUUUCGCAGCAUGUCAUCGAAAAGUUAUCGUGACUAGACAAAACCAGAUCUGACUGACCUUCAGGAAUUUCCUCACAUCAAGUUUCUCUCUUUUCCUGUGUCAUUUCAAUUUAAAUGCAGAAUGAUGUGACUCAGUUGCUUAACAAAAGAGAGACCAAACUUAAUGCUGUCAAUACAGAUUAAUGAACUCGCGGCAUUUGGCCGCGCCGCUAUUUUUGCCGCGCAAAAUUUUCCCGUGCAAACCGGCGUCUCGCGCCUGCUGUUGCAGGGUGAUGGCUCUUAAAUGUCUUUCCCAAAGACCCCUGAGGUCUUGUGGUGUGCUUGCAUGAAACGGGAGGGUUUCGCUCUCUUUUUUGCUUUCUGUUGGGCAUGUAGAUCUGAUUUUAUGGGGGGGAAAGAACCGCGGUAAAGAUAGUUUGCGGUUUGAAAUUCAGACUUUGGCUAUAAACCGUAAAUAAUCAUAGACAUGUAAAUAAUGUUGCAUUUUAUUCUUCAUGAUUUGUCAGUUCAGAUGACAUCAUCCUCCGCUCUGCAGUCGGUCAUUUACAUUUUAAGACUCUUCAUUUUCUAAUGCAAAUAGCUUCAAAAGUUGAACACCUAGAAGACUGAAAUCACUCUCAUCUUCACAGCAGUUUGUUUUCCUGUCAACUCUUUUUAAGUCCAUGAGUCGGGACGGUGACAAAGUGCUAAAACUCUAAAAACUGACAAUCUAGAUGGGUCAUAGUAGCCUCAAAUUGACCUUCAUGAUUUGUGGAUUUUUUCACAGAUCUGUUAUUGUCUCUUAACCCUUUUUUGAGUUCUGGAGUCAACAGUUUACCUGAAAAAUCAAUGUUAUAAGCAUUGAGAGGUCACAUUCUUGAAACACAUGAUGCAUGUGUAUGUAAAAACACUAGUUUCAUACAAAACUGGAUUUUUGAAAACUUUCACAGAUUGGUUGUACUCCGUUUGAUGGUUUCAUGCAUAUUGGCAUUGUGAAACAUUUAUAUUGGAAGCCAUAAAACCAAUACACUUGACCAACUAGACGGGUCACACUAGGCUUAAAUAGACCAUCCUGAUUUGUGAUUUUUUUUUUCACAGUACAGUUUUUGUCAUUUAACCCUUUUUUGAAUCUUUGAGUCAACAGUUUAUCUGAAAAAUCAGAGUUAUAGGCUUAGUGUUAUAAUUGCUCUGUGUUUUAGUCUUUCCCAUUCAUUUCCUAUGGUGGGUCAGAAAUGACCUGGAACACCACAAGUGUUACUUUUUUUGUCACGCGGCCUAAACUCAUUGAAUACAGUCCAAUGUUUUUUGUGUGUUCAGAUGGUAAAUGUAGGAAAAGUAACCAAGCCUUGGCCCACCGAGAUGGAUACCAUUUUUAUUAAAGAAACUAAAUCAGAAUGGGUCCCGAACGCCACACAAGGGUUAAACUAAAUGACUAGCUAGUCGACGUAUCAUCCAUAUAAAAAUUGUAUUUGUCAACAACAAACCGAAGCCAACAAACUGAGUCAAAUCAAUCUGUGAAAGUUUUCACAAAUCCAGUUUUGUGUGAAACUAGUUUUUCCAUCAUAAUUAUCAUGUGAUUCCAGAAUGUGACCUCUCAAAGCCUAUAACACAGAUGUUUCAGGAAAACUGUUGACCCAAGAACUCAAAAAAUGGGUCAAAUGACACAAACUGAUCUGUGAAAAAAAUCACAUCAUGAAGGUCAAUUUGAGUCUAGAGUGACCCGUCUACGUUGUAAUUAUUAUUAUUAUUAUUUUUAUUUAGUUUUUUUAUGUUUUUGUUUUUUUAGUUUUAGUCCUUUUAUUACUUUUUUGGCUUACAUCCUUAAUUUUUCACAAUGCCAAUAUGCAUGAAGCCAUUAAAAGGACUAAAAUCAAUCUGUAAAAGUUUUCACAAAUCCAGUUUUGUAUUUAUCAUGUUUCAAGAAUGUGACCUCAUAAUGCUUAUAACACCAAUUUUUCAGGUAAAGUGUUGACUCAAGCACUCAAACAAGGAUUAAGAGACAAAACUGUACUGUGAAAUAAUUCACAAAUUAAGAUUUAAGCCUAGUGUGACCCAUCUAGAUGGUCAUUUUGUAGAAGUCUAAGAAGUUUAUUGGUUUUAUGGCUUAUUAUAUUCAUACUUCACAAUGCCAAUAUGCAUAAAGCCAUCACAAUGAGUCAAAUAGAUCUGUGAAAGAUUUCACAAAUCCAGUUUUGUCUGAAACAAAUGUUUUCCCCUGAUUAUAAGCAGGGUGCUUUAUAAAAUGGCCUGCCAAGGCCUAAAUAAUAAUUAUUCUGAUGAAUUGUUGACUCAGAAACAUAAACAAUUAGUUAACUGAUAUUAAAUGAACUGUGAAAAAAUUCACUAAUCAUAAAGGCCAUUUUGAGCUAACUAUGAAUUAAAAUUAAAAGCCUUUUAUUACUUUUUUGGCUUACGAACUUAAUUUUUCACAAUGCCAAUGUGCAUGAAGCCAUUAAAAGGACUCAGGAAAGUUUUCACUAAUACAAGUAAAUUUGCAUGAACCCAGACUGUGUGUUUGCUGGAAAUGUGAAAGUGAAAAGUGAAGAGCACUUAAUUGUCACCGUCCCGACUCAUGGACUUAAAAAGAGUUGACAGGAAAACAAACUGCUGUGAAGAUGA